CUUACACGUAAGCCCUCCUUUUCGUGUGUUGAAUAGAUAGUACUUGGUAAAAAGUAAUACAUACCUAAGUAAGUGCAAGUAUCAUUUGAGUGAACGGUGUACUUAUUAAGUACAGACUGAAAGAUAAAAACAUGGCAGUGCGGCAGGAGCCGAAGCUUCCACCUCUUCCCUGUUGUCGUGCAGCAAGUCCGCGUCCUUGUUGUUUACACCUGGUCUCGUUGAUGGUGUAUUAAGUUUGACGACCAGUUUACAUAGUAAAUGCUGCUGAUGACUGAAAACGUACAUUGCGCUGAAGCUCUCGAAUCGUUGAUCAGUUUGUGGGUGUGAAGUCGUUCUCUUGAUGUAAGUUGUUUGUUUGGCUUUUAACGUCAAAAAAAGUAAGUUCAACCCCACAUCCUCGCGGCCACCGUGUUCGCCUGCAGACGAUUACGCGUCACGUUGACAGGUGGUUGUGCAGUGCUGUUAGCUGGCCUGGCUGGCCUGUUAUUCGUACAGGCACAGCAGUGCACUCUACUCGACGUCAAAGCUCCGGGAGCAGUUGUCAGAGGAGAAAAAUGUUUGCGACCCUCAAGAACAAGAUUAAGGAGGAGAUCGGCAGUGACGUGUCCGCCGUUAUCAGGAACGCUGGAAGCGUCCGUGGCCUCAACAGGCAUCUGUCACAGGCUGGUUCAGGAAGUAGUAUUAGCAGUUCUCAAAUUUCACUGGACGAAACAAUUAGAGAGGAAAAUAACGUAUCCCCCUCGCUUUCCUAUCGCCUCAAGAGGGAAAACAGUUUUGAAUUGAAACUCGAGGAUGGAACUCCUCUUUCUGCCAAAGCUAUCAAAAGGCUGGAAAGUAGAGAGGAUGAGUGGAGAAAAAGAUUGCAGAAAAAGGAAACUGAGUUUCUCAAGAAAAUGGAAAAGAAGGAGGAAGAGCAUAGAGUCAAAAUGCUAGAGACGGAAAAGGAGUGGAAAAAAAUUAUCGACAUGCACGAAAAGGAAAAAGCUAAGCUAGUUGAGGAUAGGCAAAAGGCAGAAAGCGCGAAGGCCGCACUGGAAGUUGCUCUGAACAAUGCGGAAGAAUAUAAGAAGAAGUUGUGUAGUUUUCAAGAAGAUGUAGAACAAAUGGAAGGCCUGCAGCAUCAAGAGUUGGCUAAAAUUAAGCAUCUUUUACUUUCGAAAGAACACGAGGUUGAAGAUAAAUCUCAGUUAUUAAAAACAGCACUGACUGAAAUAGAUAACUUAAAAAUGGAAUUGUCUAGACUGAGGAGAUACGAGGACGAACUGAACAAUGUGCAAGACGAAAUGGAAUCGCUCCGUCACUCCACGCAGCGCGAAAAGGCUCGGCUGUCUAGCCAAUUAGCGCAAACAGAAGAGGAAGUGAGACACUUGAAGGACAAGCUGUUCCUCCUCGAGCAGAGGGUAUCCUUGGAAUCGGGAAACAGUGAGAUAACAGUGGACGACCGCAUAGCCGAUCUGAUGCGCGAGCGAGCGCUCCUCGAGCGCAAGCUCGAAGAGGCCCACCUGCACUUGUCGGACAUAAAAACUAGUUGGUCGGCCAAGAUAUCGAGCCUCGAGACCCAAGUCGGCAGACUGAGCAGGCAGGCGGGCGAGGAAGGCCUGGAGCGACGUAGAGUCGAGCAGGAGAAGCAGACGCUGAGCCAGAGGAUAAAGGACCUCGAGACCGAAAUAGAGGUGACGAGCGUUGUAAUGGCGACAAAAGAUGCUAAGCUUUUGCGCAUGACCGAGGACAUCGACGAAAUGGCCUCAGAACUGAAAGAGCUCCGGGCCAACGUCGACGACGAGGUCGACGAGUACAAGCGGCAAAUUGAGCAAAGGACGCGAGAAGCCGACGAACAAAAAGCUCUGUUAGAAGAAGCAAAAAGUGAUCUUGCCAGCAAAGAAGUGCAACUAGCCGAAAUGAAGUCAGUUUACGAAGAAGAGACAUCAAAAAUUUUAACGCUGCAAUCAGAAGUCGAUCGGCUAAAGGCGGAACUGGAAUCUGAAAAAGCGAUAAAAAUCAACAUGGAUUUAAGUCUCGAAAAGGAAAAGACUGAAAAGGACUCGGCAUUGCUCAGGACCGCCAAGAUAUCCCAGGAGAUACAAAUCGCUAAGCAGGAAACUAAAACGCAGGAGUUGGAAAAUGCGGAGCUGCAGAAUCAAUUGGAUAAUUUGGCGGAUACUUUGAAAAAUAAGACCAAAGAUCUAGCAGACAUAACUAAAAAGCUGGAUGAGGCUUUAUUGAGGAUUAACGAUUUCGAGAAAGCAAAGUUGGAUCACGAAAAAAUGGAAGGCAACGAGAAAACUUUGAAAAUGAGUUUGUUGGACCUAGAAGAGCAGCUGAACGAGAAAAACAAGACCAUCAAAGUUCUGCAGCAGCGGCUGGCCGACAUGAAGAAGACCCUCCACCGAGAGCUGCGAGUGCCCUCGUCGUCGCUGGACAGUGACCUCGAGCCAGCAGCUUCCGCAGCCAUUCUUAACCCCAGUUCGUCCAAAACCGUCACUGCCAAGCAAAACAAUUCCAGGGAAGACGAUAUCAACUUUGUGUACCUCAAGCACGUCCUCAUAAAGUUCCUCACCAGCCGCGAGUACGAGGCCUUGCACUUGACGAGAGCAGUGGCGACGCUCUUGCAUUUCUCGCCCGAGGAGGAGAAACUGCUGCAAGAGACGCUCGAGUGGAAGAUGUCGUGGUUCGGCACCAGACCCAAUCUGGGCAUGGGACAGACCGCCAAGGCCAUCCCGCCCAGCUGAUAAUCGAUCGGCGUGGCUUAUUGUAAAUUU